GGGGAGCAGCGGCAGCAGGACGGAGCUCAGGCCGAGUCUGCGUGUCUCUCUGACGGCCCCGCUCAUUGCCGCGGCCCCGGGGCAUGCUGGGAGUCACCUGGAGACGUGCCUGAGCGGACCCAGGAACCGUUUAACGGAUUGUUUACCGGAUUGUCCUGUGUAAAGGAGGACCGUGGGACCACCGGUUGCUGCUCGGAGCUGCAGGGAGCGGACUGAGGACCUUUAACCCGCUUUGUUUAACCCGGUGAGUUUGUCCCGGGUUAAGUUCACCGUGGCAGCUGAUCCGGCCCCGCACCAUGCUGUCUGGACCCCGCAGACCCGGACCCUGAUUCUGUCAGACCCCGAGAUGCUACAGUCUGGAACCGCGCGGCGGGACGCCGACGCGUCAGAGCGGCUGCGCGCGGUGCGGGAGCGGCUGGAGGCCACCGUGUCCGGGCUGGGGGAGCUGGAGCUGCUGAGGCAACGGCAGGAGGAGCUGGUCCGAGCGGCGCUGGAGCUCCGGGAGGAACUGGAGCAGGAGGAGGAGGAGGAGGAGGAGGAGGAGGAGGAGCGGCGGAGGGAGGCUCAGCUGAGCUCUGAGGAGAAGCUCCUGGAGGAGAACAUCCUUCUGCUCCGGAAACAGCUGAACUGCCUGCGGAGGAGAGACACCGGACUCAUCAGUCAGCUUCAGGAGCUCGACCGACAGAUCAGUGACCUGCGCCUAGACACCGAGCCGCCACAUGACCCGCCGGAGACCGACAGCAGACCCAGUUCAGGUUUCUAUGAGCUCAGUGAUGCGGCGUCUGGCUCGCUCUCCAACUCGUCUAACUCGGUCUUCAGUGAGUGUUUCUGUUCGACAGCCGACGCUGACGGACGACUCCCAUCUACAGACGAGCUGGUCAGCUGUUUGGACUGUGAUGGUCUGGUUGGAGGACUUUGUGAUGACUCGUCUAUCUGUGGUACAGUCCGCCGUUCACUCUCUGCUCCUCACCCCCCCACUGUGGACUCCAUCUCUUCUGUCUCUUCCUGUGACUCUCAGUCUAAGUACCACUGUGACCUGGUGGCCAGGAACGGCUGUGAAGUGUACCGCUACCCGAGCCCGCUGCACGCUGUGGCGGUGCAGAGCCCGGUCUUCCUGCAGAAGUUGUGCCAUGGCGGUCUCGGCAUAGAAGAAGGAGCUCUGAAGAGUUCUGUAGAAGGACUUAAAGCAGACUGUGUCCUUCAGUCUGAUCCUGUUUCCGCUUCGUCUGUCCCUCAGAGCUCCUCCUGGCCCGCCCCCUCUUCUUCUUCUCUAACGCUGUCACAGAAGCGACUGGACGGCUACAUCUUCAGUCUGCUGCAGAGGAGGGCCCUGCCAGUCAGGACCAACAGACCCAGGACCAGUAUCAGCACAGAGCCAUCAAAGAGCGUGUUGAGGCCGGUUGGUCUCUGUGGGAGGCAGCUCUCUGCUCCCUGCUCAGGGGGUGGUACUGGGACUCUGAGGGGUUCUGAACACAGACCCCCAUGGUCUGCAGGAGGAGCAGACGGAGCCUUCUCCUCGUCUUCUCAGAGGCAGUGGUUCACUGAAAGUAAAGGUGAGCAGGAGACUUUUUACCCAGACGGAAACAUGAUGCACAAUGUCUUCAAGUUUCCCCAUAGUGACUUUUCUCCUCUGAGUAACAACAUCCACCCAGUCUGUUCUGUCCCAGAGCCCGAUGUUAACUCAAGCACCAACAGUCUACUCAGACUGAGAGAGAACAGGAAAUAUCCUCCUCCAUCAGCAGCGUCCACAGCUACUCUGCCCAAAGAUGUCAGAGAUUUGGGCUGUCCCAAAGCUAACUCCUCCCCCAAGAAGCCACCAUAUUUCCCUCCUGACCAGGAGCUGCUCUUCAAAUCACCUUCAACCAUCAGAAAAAAGUCAGCUACGCCCAAGAACAGUCCUACACUUGUGCCAACAGGUCACACUGAGAGCACUGAGAUGUCAGUGACUAAUAAAACAGGUGUAGGUGUUUCGUCUCACAGUCUGGAUGAAGCAGGAGGACGGAGUCGUGUGGUUGAGAGCAGGUCCCCCCCAACCCAGCAGCAGGACAUCAAACUGUGUCAGGGAGGAGACAGCGAUAUAAGGACAGUCAGAGUGAAGAGUGCCACCCUGAAGACGAGUCAGACCACUGAACACAGCGAAAGACGAGGGGACAGGUACCACUACAGGUCUAGCUCUAAAAAGUCCCGUCUGCUGGAGGACGGAGGCCCAACCCACAUCAGAACCUCCAGGAGAGCAACAGGGUGCACCAAUAGGACAUCCUCCUCUAGAGUCAAACGCCUCCCUGCGUCCAUCCCAGAGGGCCGAGUCCUUGACCAACAAACCACAUCCACACUGAGCAGUGUGCGUUCAGGUUCAUCCAGGCACUAUCACCACGGAAACCAUCACCAUGGAAGUAACCGUCACCAUCAUGGUCACCACCAUCAUGGUCACCACCACGGACGUGACCAGGUUGCAAUAGUUGCCAAACCAAAGUACAAACGUACGUUGCCUUACGAUGAAGCAUUCAGACGCGCUCAGCGACGUAAGAGAAAGGAGCUGCUGAGUCGUUGUGCCGCAUGCCGAUUCCUCCCCUCUGAUGGGGCUUUGAGCAGCCCGUAUGCCUAUACAGCAGGAAGUGACUCUGAGUACUCAGCCGAGUGUGCAUCGCUCUUUCACUCCACCAUCGUGGACACCAGUGAGGAUGAGAGGUCCAACUACACUGCCAACCGCUUCGGAGACAGCGAGUCCAGCGACGACGAGUAUGUGGAGGAGAGCACCACCGCCAGUGAUACAGAGGAGAGUGGGGGAGGUGGGGCAGGGGGUGGCACAGGUGGUCUGGGGAGGGGGUGGAGCCAGUUAGAGGAAACAGAAGCCAGGGCGACAGGAAAGGACAUGAGGUCAGCUCAUACAAAGGCCUUUGUCAAAAUAAAGGCAUCCCAAACCCUGAAGAAGAAGAUCCUCCGGUUCAGGUCAGGUUCUCUCAAACUCAUGACCACGGUGUGAGUCAGCAGGAAGCCCUGUCCCCUACCUACCACACAGAAUAAAAGCCCUGCCCCCUUCAUGCCACACAGGACCAGAGCACCAGGCCCCUUACCUACCGCACAGGAUCAUAGCCCUGCUCUACCUGUCACAGGGCCAGAGCCCUGCCCCCUACUCGUCAUGUAUAAUCAGAGCCCUGCCCCCUACCUGUCCCGCAGAACCAGAGCUCUUCCCCCCACUUGUCAAAAAUAAUCAGAGCCCCGCCUCCUAACUGGCACAGGAUUAGAGCCCUGCUAGAGCCCUCCUCCUCACACCCUGUCCUCCUCACAUCCUGUCCCCCUCACACCCUGUCCCCCUCACACCCUGUCCUCCUCACUUGAACCUGAAGAUCAGGUACCUCAGCACUGGACUCUUAUAGACCCUGUCAUAUUCUUACUGAACUCAGCUCCUGAUAUCAAACAAACACUCACAGCUGAAAAACACUGAACAAGUGUGACUUUAAAAAGUAAUAUUAAUGUAAAUGAAAGUUUCUAACAAGCAGCCAGGAUGGAUGCAUCCAUGAAUGCAGCAGGUAAAUUUUGUAAAGAUGAAGGUUUGUACAGAGUUUGUUCAGCCCAUCAGAUUGGCCUCCUUCACCUCACUCUGUCUUUAAUUGGCCAACCAGUGCAUCAGAAAGUUUUAACUGAGAUCAGAGAUCAGGACUCUGUCUGCUUCUGAGUCUUCUGGUCUCUGUUGAACUGAGUCAACUGGUCCCUGUUGAACUUAGUCUUCUGGUCUCUGUUGAACUGAGUCCUCUGGUCUUUGGUUGGGUCCUUCACAAAGUUCUUCAGAUGGUUCCUCACAUGUUAAAGACGUCAUCUUCAGAAGGUUCUUGAGCAUGUCUUCUGGAUGGUUCUUCAGGUGUUGGGGUUGAGGGUUCAGGUCUAAUGGAUGGUUCUUCAGGUGUUGCUGUUGGGGUCGAGGGUUCAGGUCUAAUGGAUGGUUCUUCAGGUGUUGCUGUUGGGGUCGAGGGUUCAGGUCUUCUGGAUGGUUCUUCAGGUGUUGCUGUUGGGGUCGAGGGUUCAGGUCUUCUGGAUGGUUCUUCAGGUGUUGGGGUCGAGGGUUCAGGUCUUCUGGAUGGUUCUUCAGGUGUUGGGGUCGAGGGUUCAGGUCUUCUGGAUGGUUCUUCAGGUGUCGAGGGUUCAGGUCUUCUGGAUGGUUCUUCAGUGUUGGGGUUGAGGGUUCAGGCCUUCUGGAUGGUUCUGCUGGUGUUGCUGUCGGGGUUGAGGGUUCAGGUCUCCUGGAUGGUUCUUCAGGUGUUGCUGUCGGGGUUCAGGUCUUCUGGAUGGUUCUUCAGGUGUUGCUGUUGGGGUGGAGGGUUCAGGCCGUCUCUUUAUUUCCUGCACUUUGAGACGCACGCUCAGCAGACAGGACGGGCAGUUGAAGCCUUUAAGUCUGUUUAUGUACGUAGUCUUCUUUAGUAUUUAUGAUUACAUGAUGUUUGGUUGUAGCGCACGCCACAUGUCUGUACACGCUUCUCUUCGUUACGUCGGGCUGAAUGAGUUGGCUCGGUUUGAUGAAAGCUAUUUAAACCUAAUAUAUAUUUGCUUGGUACAUAUAGGAUGCUACACAAGGUACUGACUGACAGCCGGUCAAGGCUGCACUUUUUAUAAUGUUUAUACUCUCAGCCUGAUGUGUCUUUAUUAUGACUGUCACCACUGUUGCCAUAACAACAUGUUAAUACAGCUUUUAGAUAUGAGUGGAAACCAGGUUUAUAUUUACCCUGUUUAUUUUAGGAGAACUCCAUGGUUUGUUGAAAUAAAAAGUACUGAAGUUUGAAAUAACCAUGUGUUUCAUCAGAGUGUCGGAGAGGAACCAAUCCAUCACACGUGUCCAGGAGUUUAUCAGGAGAUCAUUAAAAUGAAUGAAUGACCAAAUAAUGGGUGUCUAGGACAUAUUUUCUGUUGCCAUGGUAACAAACCAACAAACCGUACUAUCGUACUUUAAAAAUCUCUACCAGAGUCUAAAAGAAUCUUCACACUUCAGAGGAUCAAUUUUUUUAAAUGAAACUCAAAUGUUUGUCCAUCUGUUACAAACAUGUGACUAGCUUAGCUUAGCACAAAGACUGGAAGCAGGAAACAGUUAGCCCCUAUAGCUACAGAACGGCUAGCCCAUUCAGUGUAACAUGAGGGUUGUGUUGGGUGUUUGCAUGCAGGCUACAUGGACUGUGUUAUGGUUGCUAAAGCAGUUAGCAUAUAGCAUAAGUAAGUAUGGUAAGGUUGGUACAGCUAGAAUGUAGGAAUGUUACUGAAGUGCAUGGAAAGUGUUAGCCCAGUGUUCUUCAACUAGGACUUAGCUAACACUUAAUGUUUUCAACAUGUGUGUUUAUUAAAGAUGUUUAUAAAGGAAGAGUAAGAGUGUGUGUUGAAUUAGCAGGCUAGCAUGUUAGCUCUGUUGCCACUAUGCUAAAUCACUGCAAUAUGUUAAAAUAUCUCUAUAAUAAGUGUAUUAAAUGUUAUCCUAGCCAAGCCUAGCUUCUCUUCCUGUUAGUAAUCAAAUUACUUAAACUUUCAGGUUUUAAGCGCUGCUUCCUGUCUCUUUGCUAAGCUAAGCUAAUCUCCUCCUGAUAGAGAUGAUAUGAUUUUCAGAGCAAUGAACACAAAGACCUAAUUAAACAGCAGUUGAACAUUUUAAAGGGAUACUUCAUCAAUUGGCAUUAAGCUUUGUAUCAUUAGAAACCUGGUAGUAUUUUUGAA